UAUCUAGUAAAUAUAGUCAAAAUGUCUAUUAAGUUCGUUAGGUAUUUAUUACCAAUUACCAUGUUAGUCUGUACAACAUCGUCAUGAGCGAAUUUAGAUACCUAAAAAAAAUUCAUUUCCCUGACAAAAAUGUACACGAGUAGCACAGCGUACCUAUCACAUAACGCUAUGAGAGUAAGCCAAAUUCUAUCUGGAGAAUUUAACCUUAAACGCCUUAAACUUGUUCGAAACAAAGUGAUGUGCUCUCACCGUUAUUAUUUGAUAUAGCAAUGGAAAAAUUUAAUACGUAAUUACGUACUUAUAGUGUUCAAUAAACAACAACUUGGGGGGGGGGGGCAAAUAUAUAGGUGCCAGACAAAUUAGUGUUCUGGGCUUUACAGAUCAUACAAACUAUGUUUGACCACAGUUCCGCAUACAGAAAUUCAGAAAUAUUAGUUUACACUAUACAAUACAAGAACAACAAUAAUAGAGAAGGGAAAAUAAACCUAAAGUAAUUAUGGAACUACUCCUAGAUGAAGAAAAAUGUAUGGAAAUUGAAGAUUAUGUUUUUGAAAAAGUUAAGCAGUUCAUUAACCUAGGGGCUAGGAUUGACUAUUACUAGCACAAAUGACUGGCCUAUAGGCUAUAGCCUAGAAGUUAUGAGUUGUAGUUUCAGGACAUAAAUCUGCAAAUGGCGACCAACGGGAAAUCGAACAAGAAAGAGACUGAUAAAAAGAUUUAGAAAUGCUGUAAGUGACGAAUUGGGAUUGAGAAGAUAGAAUCCUGUUAUAUUCAUGCAGGGUCGGGGCGAUUGGAAAACACAAGACACAGAGACGGAGAAGUGGUGCCGGCCAAAAUUAGUACAUAAUGAAUUGUUCACGGCUAUCAAGCUGCCAGAUCUCAAGUCACAUUUCUCAGACGGGACUGUGUACAUCUAUAUGGAUGCCAGAAACCAAGAGUGGAUCUACUCGUCCGGGAUCACGACCGAGGAAUCGGCUGUCGGACACACAGUGGCGCAGAUGUAUGCGCCCACCCAAGCUUACAACGAGUCGAUAAUGUGGGCCGUGUACAACGAUUCACCGACAAACAGUCCAGUGACGUUCUCGUUGGGCCAUUCCAAAGGAAUGGUAGUGGCCAACAACCGUUCGGGCUUAUGGCUGGUGCACAGCGUGCCCAAAUUUCCGCAGUUACCUUACCAGAACAACAACUCGUACACGUACCCCAAGACUGGAGUGCUAUACGGCCAAAGUUUUCUGUGCAUGUCCAUGACACCUGAGGAACUGGACAAGGUAGGCGAUCAGAUAAUCAACAACGAGGUGCAGGUGUACGGCAGUCACUUUGGAGGCGAUAUGAAAUCGACGUAUCCGGGUCUCUACAACGCCACUCUGCUGCAUGAUAUUCCCGGGGUGAAAAACGAUGGAGUGAGGUUACAGCCUCUUUACUCUAUUGAGGGCUUUGAGUUCUUGUCCAUUUCAAAGAACAGGCACUUUGGAAAAGAUUUGUAUAAAGACUUAAUCAUACAUAUGGCACAGUCAAACAUUUAUACUGAGACUUGGUUGAAUAACAGAGGUUGGUUCAAUUCGUCAUGUUGCGGUCAGUACAAGGCGAUGAACAUUAAAUUGUUGACAAUGAAGGACAUAAAAGGGUUGAAAAACGUAUGGUACAAUUCAUCUUUAGACCAUUCCAAGUGGGCUGUGACUGAGAAUGCCGGCAAUAGUUCUAAACAUUGGACUUGCAUUGGCGAUAUCAAUCGAAGUGAAGAACAGACAAAACGUGGAGGGGGAACAGUAUGCAUAAAAUCAAUACCAGUAUGGAAUCAAUAUCAACAACUAGUGUUAGAUAUUGAAAAGUGUAAACUAUAGUUCUACAAUGUGAUUCUCACCUGAGUACAACUGUUGCUUAAUAUUCCA